CUGAGCUGGUCACAGCCUCGCUCGGGGACACUCGCACCAGCACGGGGAGAAGCAUCGGGUCUCCUGCCUCCGAUAAUCAUGCCAACUGUGGAUGACAUCCUGGAGCACAUAGGGGAGUUUAACUUUUUCCAGAAACAGACGUUCUUCCUCUUAGCUCUGCUCUCUGCGGCGUUCACUCCCAUCUACGUGGGCAUCGUCUUCCUGGCCUUCACCCCGGAUCACCGCUGCCAGAGCCCCGGCGUGGCGGAGCUGAGCCGGCGAUGCGGCUGGAGCCUGGCAGAGGAGCUGAACUACACGGUGCCCGGCCCGGGGGCGGCGGGAGAGGCGUCCCCUCGCCAGUGCCGCCGCUACGAGGUGGACUGGAACCAGAGUGCCCUCGGCUGCGUGGACCCGCUGGCCGGCCUGGCGGCCAACCAGAGCCACCUGCCGCUGGGCCCCUGUCGGCACGGCUGGGUGUACGACUCGCCCGGCUCGUCCAUCGUGACCGAGUUUAACCUAGUGUGUGCCAAUUCCUGGAUGCUGGACCUGUUUCAGUCGGCUGUGAAUGUAGGAUUUUUUAUCGGCUCUGUGGGUAUCGGCUACAUAGCAGACAGGUUUGGCCGGAAGCUCUGCCUGCUGGUUACGAUCCUCAUAAAUGCUGCAUCGGGAAUCCUCAUGGCUGUCUCCCCAAACUAUACAUGGGUGUUAAUUUUCCGUUUGGUCCAGGGGCUGGUCAGCAAGGCAGGCUGGCUUAUAGGCUACAUCCUGAUUACCGAGUUUGUCGGGCUGAGCUACCGGAGAACGGUGGGCAUCGUUUAUCAAGUGGCCUUCACCGUCGGGCUCCUGGCGCUGGCGGGGGUGGCAUACGUGCUCCCUCACUGGAGGUGGCUCCAGCUCACUGUCACCCUGCCCAACGUCUGCUUCUUGCUCUAUUACUGGUGCAUCCCUGAGUCUCCGAGGUGGCUGAUCUCCCAGAACAAAAAUGCUAAAGCCAUGAGGAUCAUUAAGUACAUCGCAAAGAAAAAUGGAAAAUCUCUGCCUGCCUCCCUUCAGAGCCUCAGACCUGAUGAGGAAGUUGAUGAGAAGCUGAAUCCUUCGUUUCUUGACUUGGUCAGAACCCCUCAGAUCAGGAAACACACUUUGAUCCUGAUGUACAACUGGUUCACCAGCUCUGUUCUCUACCAGGGCCUCAUCAUGCACAUGGGCCUUGCAGGGAGCAAUAUCUACCUGGAUUUCUUCUACUCUGCUCUGGUGGAAUUCCCAGCUGCCCUCAUCAUCAUCCUCACCAUUGACCGUAUAGGUCGCCGCUAUCCAUGGGCUGCAUCAAAUAUGGUGGCAGGGGCAGCCUGCCUAGCCUCAGUUUUUAUCCCUGAUGAUCUGCAGUGGCUAAGAGUUAUAAUCGCGUGCUUGGGCAGGAUGGGGAUUACGAUGGCCUACGAAAUGGUUUGCCUGGUCAACGCGGAACUGUACCCCACCUUCAUCAGAAAUCUCGGUGUCCUUGUCUGCUCCUCCAUGUGUGACAUUGGUGGCAUUAUCACGCCAUUCCUGGUCUACCGGCUCACCGAUGUCUGGCAUGAACUCCCACUGGUGGUUUUUGCUGUGAUCGGCUUGGUUGCCGGGGCACUGGUGCUAUUGCUACCCGAGACCAAAGGGAAGGCUUUGCCUGAGACCAUAGAGGAAGCGGAGAACAUGCGGAGACCAAGAAAAAAUAAAGAAAAGAUGAUUUACCUCCAAGUCAAGAAAGUAGAUAUUCCCUUCAACUAAGAAGAGAGACCACGCUUGCUAUGGCCUUGCUGUGCUGAUACAAGAGACUUCUCCAUCUGCACAAAGACCAUAUAAUUCACCCUUGCCUCCUUUUGAACCCUAUUAGCCUAAAUAUAUAGCCACAUAGAGUUUGUUGUCCUAGUGUAAUCAAGUCCACCCACGGGACCAAAUUCUACCACGUCCCACCAGCUCACUCCAUUCCCAGCAUUCUCAAGACAAUCCUAUUGGUGUGCUGGGGAUUGUUUUCAUCUUUAUUUUAUUUUAUUUCUUUCUCCACAAUGAUCUCAAACCAAAAUACACAGGGGAAUUGUGGGCCAGGGAAACAGAGAAGAUCUGAAAAACUAUUAAGUGGGAGAAGAGAGCCCGUUUUCUUAAAGAAAUGAUACAUAUAAAAUAAGAUCAAGUCAUCCAGAAUGUAUGCCAGGAACUUUAAAUUGGCCUUUCAAGUGACAUGGGUGACAAAAUUUUAAAAUACAUUAUUAUCUGGGUUAGACUUUAAAAGAAACUAAAAUAAAAGAAUCCGAAAUACAA